AUGCGUUCUGCACAAGGCUGGCUGGGGGAACGGGCUGCCGAUAGGCGGCGCUCCGAGUCCCCUGUGCUCCGGCUCCGCACAGGGGAAGAGGUUUUGUUUAGGGCAGCGGCUGACAGACCACGUCCAGACUCGCCCCUCGCAGCCCGGCCACCGGGCCACAUGACACCGCGGUUCCGAGGCGAUGCGAGGUGCAUCUGGCGCUCAUGAAUAAGAGGCGUCCGGUUACAGCCCGAUCAGGUAACGUCGUUCAACCAGCUUGCAGCAUUGGCCUCGAAGCGCGCCUGCCCGCUGAGUUUUUGCAGCCUGCUCCGGGGGCGAGAUGCACACCACCCAGAAGGACACCACUUUCACCAAGAUCUUCGUCGGCGGGCUACCCUACCACACCACCGACGCGUCGCUCCGCAAGUACUUCGAGGUCUUCGGCGACAUCGAGGAAGCGGUGGUGAUCACCGAUCGGCAGACCGGCAAGUCUCGCGGCUACGGUUUUGUGACCAUGGCUGACCGGGCGGCGGCGGAGCGUGCAUGCAAAGAUCCCAAUCCCAUCAUCGACGGCAGGAAGGCCAAUGUCAACCUGGCGUACCUGGGGGCGAAACCUCGGAUCAUGCAGCCAGGUUUCGCUUUCGGAGUACAGCAGAUUCACCCCGCUUUUGUACCCAGGCCUUAUGGGAUUCCUGCUCACUAUGUCUACCCACAGGCCUUUAUGCAACCUGGAGUCGUCAUCCCACAUGUCCAACCUGCAGCUGCUGCGUCUCCUUACAUCGACUACACGGGGACUGCAUACGCGCAGUAUUCUGCAGCCACAGCUGCUGCUGCUGCAGCCGCUGCCUACGAGCAGUAUCCGUACGCUGCUUCCCCUGCUGCCGCAGCAGCGGCUGCUGGUUACGUCACUGCCGCCGGGUACAGUUAUGCGGUGCAGCAGCCCAUGCCCAGUGCAGCUCCUGGGGCUGCUGCUGCUGCAGCCUUCAGCCAAUACCAGCCCCAGCAGCUGCAGACAGACCGCAUGCAAUAACAAUGGGACAAUUUUUUCAAAACGGAAACCUAAAAGUGCACACUACUUUUAGAAUCUGGAUAACCACCAUAUAUUCCAUAACUCCCCAACCAAUUACAAUUACAGCAACAGAUAAUGGACAUGGGGGUGGGGGUUAAAGUAUUCUACUUUCUGAUAAGAGAAAAAUAUUUUUCCAGCUUUUGAUUACUGCAAACAGUUGUGCUAUAUAUUGUCAUAAUAGGAGAAGAUGGAACAGCAGAAAAAAUGUUUUUUUUUUGUUUACGAUCAAGAAAAUCUUUUAAGAUACAAGUCCAAAGCUUUCAACCAGUCUGCAACUUAACAUGCAUUAACAACGGGACAUAACAUAGUAUAAUUGCUUUGUGAACACUGUUUCUUCAUCAGGGAAAUCGCUGCAAUACUUUCAGCCUGUACCAACUGCAGGAGCUGCAUGCAAUAACACUGCAACAUGCAAUAAUAAUAAUUUAAAAAUAUGAAAUGUGCACAUCAGGGGGUUAGUGAGAUACAGAGACAAUUCUACACUAUGGUAAUGACUACCGUUUGAAUUUUAAAGCACUGAAUGUCAUUCUCUUCUUUUUAAACUCUGACCUAUGCAAAGUAUUUGGGAUAUCUGAAGUCUCUCUCGGGCAUCGAACAAUCAAAGCAUAUGACCAUGUGGCGUGAUCGACAGGCACCGAAGUUAUUUAUUUUUUAAUGCAUUGUUCACUAAUAUGCAUGAAUGGAACUCUGAGCAGGUGAUCUGGAUUUAAUGCACAGAACAGCUGUGCGGACAAUCAAUAAGGCAGACAGUUCUGGAAAUACACAUCACUUGUGCGUGUUUGAUGACCUGUCACAUUUUAAUCCCUCCCGUCCUGUUACACUUUUCGGGAAACUUUAACCGCUGCUGUCAGCACUUCGGAUUCUGAAAUCAGAUCAGUCCCUGACAAUAACAGUCUCCACUUUCCGUUUUAUUGCAUCUGUCCAUGGUCAUUGAUUGAAAGUAAAAAAGGAAAGAAAAUUGUGAAUUUUAAGUCAUUGGUUGAAACUGUGCCUUAGAAAAUUAUUAUAAACCUAUUUUAAAAUUAUUUAUUGUAAAUGUUUUUACAAUCCUGCGCACUAUAGAAGGGAAAAUAAGUGCGAAACUGUGUAUGUAUUCAGCUCAUUGCAGAUAAAUUAUUAAGUAGGUAUUAGUUUAUAUUGUUAAACUAUAUCAAUCUUCAAAAUGUUGACUCCAGUUUAUUUAAAAUAUUUCUAUGACGCACUAUUUGGUGGUAUUAUCUUGACAGUUGUCAAUUUUAGGAUAUUAAAUUAAUAUUUACUCUGAAGUGUUUCUUUCUAAUGUUAUUAGCUGCACACAUACAGACCUCUGACUAUAGAAACAUUUAACUUUCGAAUUUUUGUUGAAGUAUUUCAAACUAUUAUUAAGCUUUGUGGAUAGUUUUAACUGCCUCUGCCUAUUUCUAAUUCUCAAUUGCUUGCUGACUUAAAUGUUUCUAUUCUUACAUGUGCUGCAAACAGGUCAUUUUUCUAAAUUUUGAUUUUUAUAUAUAUACUUGAGGGGGGAAAAUAAUCUAAGAUUUUCUUACAAGGGCAAAAAAAACAAGGUUUUUGAAGACUUUUUUCAUGUUGCUGAACUAUAGUAUUCUUCAAAUCUUAAUCUUCGUAAAACUAUUACUAUCAUGUUUCUAUAACUGUAAACUGCUUUAUAAUAUAUCAA